GACUGACUACCUGCCACGAAGAGACUGCCACGUCAGGGCAACUUCACAAAACCCGGCUGAGGGCGCGUGACGUGAGCCGGGCGGCUGCGGUGGGUUUGGGCGUGUGGCCAGACGAGCAGGGUGACCUGCAGCCCGGGCGCCCAGUCGAGCGACGCCUCGGCCGGCGCCGGCGCCCGCCCGGCCCUCUGGGAGGCGGGGACCGCGGAGGAGGCGGCGCCCCGGCGAAGCCCGCGCCGGCCGCGUCUUCCCUCCCGGCUCGCACUCGGGUGGCCCGCAGGGCGUCAGCGAGGCCCAGUUGGCCCGAGUCGCGUCAGCGGGCCCGGAGCCCCCUCGCCAUGGAAACCCGUUACAACCUGAAGAGCCCGGCUGUUAAGCGUUUAAUGAAAGAAGCAGCAGAAUUGAAAGAUCCAACAGAUCAUUACCAUGCGCAGCCUUUAGAGGAUAACCUUUUUGAAUGGCACUUCACAGUGAGAGGGCCCCCAGAUUCUGAUUUUGAUGGAGGAGUUUAUCAUGGUCGAAUAGUGCUGCCACCAGAGUAUCCUAUGAAGCCACCAAGCAUUAUUCUUCUAACGGCUAAUGGACGGUUUGAAGUGGGCAAGAAAAUUUGUUUGAGCAUCUCUGGACAUCAUCCUGAAACAUGGCAGCCUUCAUGGAGCAUAAGAACAGCAUUACUAGCUAUCAUUGGGUUUAUGCCAACAAAAGGAGAAGGAGCCAUAGGCUCUCUAGAUUACACACCAGAGGAAAGAAGAGCACUUGCCAAAAAAUCACAAGAUUUCUGCUGUGAAGGCUGUGGCUCUGCCAUGAAGGAUGUCCUCUUGCCUUUAAAAUCUGGGAGUGAUUCAAGCCAGGCUGACCAAGAAGCCAAGGAACUGGCCAGACAAAUCAGUUUCAAGGCAGAAGUCAAUUCAUCUGGAAAGACUAUUGCUGAGUCAGACGUAAGCAAAAACUCUUUUUCCCUAAACGAUUUACAAGAUGAUAUACCUGCAACAACAUUCCAGGGUGCUACAGCAAGCACAUCGCAGGGAGUCCAGAACUCGUCUGCGGCAUCCUUUCAACAACCUACCCAACCUGCGGCUAAGAAUACUUCCAUGAGCCCUCGGCAGCGCCGGGCCCAGCAGCAGAGUCAAAGAAGGUCAUCCACUUCACCUGACAUAAUCCAGGCCCAGCAGCCAAGAGACAACCACACUGAUCAUGGCGGAUCAGCUGUACUGAUUGUCAUCCUGACUUUGGCAUUGGCAGCUCUAAUAUUCCGGCGAAUAUAUCUGGCCAAUGAAUACAUAUUUGACUUUGAGUUAUAAUACUGCUGCUUUGUGACUUCAAGAGCUGUGACUCAACUGCUUCAUUAAACAUUCUGCAUUGGGUAUAAUCUAAGAAUUGUUUACAAAAAGAUUAUUUUGUAUUUAUCCUUCAUCCCUUUUCUUUGAUCCUCAUAAAUUCAAUAUAAGUCUAGCCAGACAUUCAGGCUGUGUCCAGAAGUGUGUACUGUUCAGUAAGAGACCAGAAGUCAGAGUUCCUGGUCUCACUAUUUCAUCUGCUUCACAGAGAAAGAAUUUACUGCUGUCUCUCAGGCUCAACUUCUUUUUCUGUAUAGCCCUUUGAAUUUUUCAUAAAGAAUGGUGUUUUAAAUUCCCAUAAGUAUUAUCUGGUUGCUCAGUGUCAUUAAUUGAAUACUUUUUCUACUUUAGUAGAAAGAUGCAGGAAGGAAGAAUUGAGAAGGGAGAACAGAACUCAUGUAGCCUCCUUCAGUGUCAGUGUAGGAGACAUACUGGGGUUGUCCAUUCUGUGACCUUGUUUGCCUUCUAAAUAUUCUCCAGUGAAAUAACUUUCUUCAGUCAAACACUUGGAGCAUCUUUGUUGCAUCUUUGUUACUGGAUGUUACUUGAAGAGAAAGUACUUGUAACCACUUUAAUAUGCUGUUAUUACUCCCUCUGGUAUACAUACAAAUUUCAAAAAGAAAAGAAGAAAAGGGAAGGAGGAAAAAGAACUUAGUCCUCCAUAGACCUUUUUCUUAAGAAAGGAAGGAAGGGAUCAAGCCAGGAAAUUGCUUCAUUUUCUUUUAGAAAAGUGAGAAGAUCAUAAAAUUUGAAUAUUUGCCCUGCUCCGAGUUGUAUAUAUUUUGAAAUGUAUUAUUAUCCUAGCUUUGUAAUCACUAUAAGUUUUAAUUAUCCCAGGAAUAUGCAUAGUGUUAAAAUAUUUCACAUACUAUUAUAAUAGAAAACCUCAGGGCUCUGGUAAGUAAUAGAAGAUAGGAAAUCUUUACUUAGAAUUGUCUCUGCUCCAAGUCCUAGAAAGAUGUCUAGUGAAAAGAAUCGGUAAAUUGUUUAGUGCUAGCCAGCUGCACAGAUGCCAGUAGACUACUGUGCGGUCACCGUGCUAUUGCAGCACUUCCACAGAAAACGAGCAUGUUCCCUUAGUGGUAUGGAGUACCCGUUCAUGAAGACUGAAUUGUUAAAUGCAGGCUUUUAGGUUAGCCUCUAAAAGUGCAUUUAGAUUUUUUGUUUUGUUUUUACAACACAAGCAGUAUAAUGAUAUUUAAGUUCUAGACCAGUCCACAAAAGUUAGCCCAUAUGUGUCAUGACUAUUUGGGUAGGCUAUUCAAAAAGUCCUUAUGUGAUUUUAACUGAAAUUAUAUGCAAGAUACAAGAGGCUUCAUAAAGUCAUUUUAAAGCCAAAUUUAACUUUUAUUCUUGUUAUGGGGCUGGGAUUUUGAACCUAUUAACCACAAGACAUAAUUUCUAUUUUCAUAGCCACUUUUCCAUUAUGUUUGCAUUUAAAAUAAAAAUACAUUGUAAAAUGCUAGACACCAGUGGCUCAUGCCUGUUUU